CGCCGCCGGCCGCGCCGCACAGCCCCGGCACCCCCUGGAAGAGCAGGAAGUACAGCCUGGGGGUACAGGGACUCCAUGAAGAAAUAAUGGACUUCUAUGACUUCAUGUCCCCUCGUCCUGAAGAAGCAGCUAUGAGAAAAGAAGUAGUGAAAAGAAUAGAAACUGUCAUCAAGGAUCUUUGGCCUACAGCUGAUGUUCAGAUAUUUGGCAGCUUUAGUACAGGGCUUUACCUUCCAACUAGUGAUAUUGACUUGGUUGUUUUUGGGAAAUGGGAACGUCCUCCCUUACAAAUGUUGGAACAAGCACUAAGGAAACACAACGUGGCUGAGCCAUAUUCCAUUAAAGUACUUGACAAAGCUACGGUACCAAUAAUAAAACUUACUGACCAGGAGACAGAAGUAAAAGUUGACAUCAGUUUUAAUGUAGAAACUGGUGUGAAGGCAGCUCGAUUUAUCAAGGAAUAUAUGAAGAAGUACUCAUUGCUGCCUUACUUGAUUUUAGUUUUAAAACAGUUCCUCCUUCAGAGGGAUUUGAAUGAAGUUUUUACUGGUGGAAUUAGCUCUUACAGCCUAAUUUUAAUGGCAAUUAGCUUCCUGCAGUUGCAUCCAAGAAUUGAUGCCAGAAGAGCUGAUGAAAACCUUGGAAUGCUUCUAAUAGAAUUUUUUGAGCUGUAUGGAAGAAAUUUUAAUUACUUGAAAACUGGAAUUAGAAUAAAAAAUGGAGGUGCCUAUAUUGCCAAAGAAGAAAUCAUGAAAGCCAUGACCAAUGGAUAUAGACCAUCCAUGUUGUGUAUUGAAGAUCCUCUUUUGCCUGGAAAUGACGUCGGCAGAAGUUCUUAUGGUGCCAUGCAAGUGAAACAAGUUUUUGAUUAUGCCUACAUUGUUCUUAGCCAUGCAGUAUCACCUCUUGCAAGAUCAUAUCCAAAUAGAGAUUCUGAGAGCACAUUAGGUAGAAUCAUCAAAGUAACGCAGGAAGUGAUCGACUACAGGGCAUGGAUUAAAAAGAAGUGGGGGAGCAAAGUUAAUCUGUCACCUGAUCUUGACAAUAGAAUGAAAAUAAGAGAGCAGAUAGCUCCAUGCAAUGGAGAACAGCAACAGAACAGAGACUCUGAAUCACCCUACAAUCAACACUUGACUUUAUCAUUAACAAGUAACCAACAGUUAUCCUCUGGUUCAUCUGCUUCUUCUGUAUCGUCGCUCUCUGGCAGUGAUAUUGAUUCUGAUACGCCACCUUGCACAACUCCUAAUGUUUACCAGUUCAGUCUGCAAGCACCGACUCAACUUAUGGCCGGUUUACCACCAGCAUUGCCUAUGCCAAAUGGUAAACCUCAGUCUGCACCUACAAGAACCUUGAUAAUGGCCACCAGUAAUCAGGAUCUUCGUUAUCCUUCAACUUUGCUGGCAAACAGCUUGGAAUCACUGCCCUUCUGCUCCCCACUGGAAUCGGCAUCAAGGCAAAAAUCUGGCAAGCAUAUUCAGCAGCACAAUGGAAUGAAGUUUUCCAUGAAAGGAGCUCAUAAUCAUAACCAAGGCAAUGGCUACAAUCCCGUGAGCAGUGGAGGCAUGAGGCAGCCAGUGGGCAACAGAGGACACCACCAAUAUAACCGUAACAUCUGGAGAAGAAAAAAACACAGAGAGAAUUUGCCUAUUAGUCUCAGCAGAUAAUGGCUAAUGCCAGGAUGAUCUUCCCCUGUUUUACAGACUGAAGCUGAGUGAGUGACACUAGACUGGGGAAUGGAGACCAGCAAUCAGCACAUCAGUUUGUGGGUGUUGCCGAAUAUCUGCAGCUGACUUUUUUGCAUGUUUCUUCGUGUGGUGGUCAAGUCCAUCUUAAAGAAGUAGUUGUGCUUAUCUGUGAAGCCUUAUUAAAUGUGGAAGUUUGUUUUCUGCCUUCCAUGGUUACUCAUACAGUGCCGAAGCAGCUCUUAUGUUAGAACUGCAAGGACUUUUAUCAGUGCUGUAGCAUUUUUGCUGUAGCUGCAUCUGUUCCUUUUGUGGGGUUUUUUUUUUUUUGGUUUUGUUUUGUUCUUUGCUUUGAGAAGCAAAGGAAAUUUCAUUCCCUCACUUUUUUUUGCAGCAGAUCUAGUUGGGAUCUCAUGAUAAACAAUUUUGCUGCCCUUGUUUUUAUUUCAAAUUUCAGAAUUUUGCUCUGUAAAUAUUGAAAAUAUAAUUUGUGCAAUAAUGCAAAAUUUUUAAUUUAAUUUCAUAUUGUCACAUAAGUUAUAUUUAAGGGGAGGAGGUAUUUUUUUAAUUUACAGAUCCUUUCCCAGGUUGCAUUAUCUAAGUUGGGUUCAUAGUUUUGGCAGGUUGUCCGAGCAGUGUUACAAACAUGACAUAAUUUAUGGUAGUAUUUGAGGCUUCUUGAUUCACAGUGAAAGUGCUGAUUUGGCUUACGGUUUUAUGAAGGUAUUACGCUCCAAAGUGUUUUGACCCUAUGUUUUUAGCUCAUUGUCUGGCCUCUCUCAGUUGUCUUGUUCUAACUAAUGAGUUUUAAUUUAUCAUUUAACUAGACAACAAAUCCAGCAUUUAAAGUGCCAGAAGAAUAGUUUUCUAAGGGUGAAAAGGAUUGGUUAAGUCCUGGUAUGAAAUUGGAAAAAUUGUGAACUACAUGCUUCCGUCAGUUUUAAUAAUGUAACCUGUUAAUGGUUGGGGCCGAACACCAUUAUUGAAAUCACAGGUACCCAGCUUAACGAAUGUGGAGAAAGGAAAUAUGUUGAUUCCAUUAAGGAAUCUGUAUAGCAGUAUGCAUUAGUUCUGUUAAGAGCAAAAUAUAAAAAGUACUUCAGCUGCUCUCAGCAUUAUAAGGAGUAUCUUUUAAUGUAUUAACAGGAGAGCACAGCCCCAUGCUGCACACAGUCUGCGUGGCUGGCACUUAAUUUACAGAUGCAUACAGGUAUACUAUGCAAGUGUGUAUUGCCAUGACAACCACUGUCUUUGUUAACUUUUUUGAAUAGAAAAUGUACAUCCUGCCUAACCCUGAGUUUUUAAAGCACCACAGUUGUCCUGGGAGUAGGUUAAAUCUCACCAUACCCUCUGGUUUCCCAUUUUUAAAUGAGGGUUCUUAACAGCGAUAUUCACUACAGGUUUGUUUGGGGGGGGGGGGGUUCCUUUUUCUUUUUCUUUUCUUGUUUUUUUUUUUUAAUUUAUUUAUUUAUUUUUUUUUUUUUGAAGUCCACUAGUGGGGAAAGCUAGAAAAAAAUAUUGCCAUGACAGCUAGAUUAUGUACAGAAGUGGAAGAUUUUAAAAUUGAUAUCUGAAUGUUAUGAUAAAAUGGAGGCAUCUAGCAUGAUGAAGCUUUAUAGUAUGCAGUAUGCCUUUGAAGCAGGAAUAGCCCAAACUGUUGUUUUACCUGUCUACUGCAAACAGAUCUCUUUUAUGGGUACAGGGAAGGAGAUGACCUUUCAGAGUAGCACAGUUUUUUCUCUACAGUACUUGUUGGCUCAGAUUUAUACUUUUUAAAAAUCAUUAGCCUAUUCAUAAAUCAAUAUUUAAGGGCUGGUACAUAGGCCUGUACUGCUAAUCUUAACACUAGCAAUAUUGCGCAUAAACUUACAUUAAGGAACCUUCAAAGGCUUUAUUUGGCGUCUUAAUCUAGUGUUCAUUUUGAAGCAAAAUUCAUUCAAACAGAAACUGGUAUCAUGUUCCAUUUUAGUCAUGGUGAACCAGAUAAAUUGGCCUGGCUACCGCUGUGGUUAUGUGCUACAGACUAAAACAAAUCAUGUUUAGAUUUUUUUUUUUUGGUGUGGACAACUAUGUGGAAGCUAAAUUGACAUAUUUUUAUGUAAAGUUUUUCUAUUCUUUGAUUUUUAAUAAACUUUCGAGAGCA